AAACAACAAAUUUUCUAGAGGUAGAAAACAGUUACUGUAUGUCAAAAAUUUAAGGAAGAAUUUCAAACAUUUAAAUUGGAAAGUACUCAGCAUUCUUUACAGAAAUGCUUAGUUUUGAGUUUGGAUAGCGAUAUAGUAUCGAUUGUUUUUGUAUUGGCGUAAUCGUAUUUUUUGAGUGACAAGUAUGCAAGAUGACUAGCAGUAGUGGCGGUGAUGACAGUGAUGUGUUUAGUGAAUCUCCCGCUACUUAUAAAGAGGAAGAUUUUAUUGAGUUAAAAUCACGAAUGCAGGUAUUAAAUAUCAAUUAUAUCAUGCUUUUGUAGAAUGAAUAAGAGCAAAGUAAGCUACUGUAGUAUAAAUAUAGCACAUUGCCACUUUAUAAAGGGUUAACAGGGUCACAGGAAUCAUGUAUUUUGCAGAUAGCCCUAUGAGAUAGCCCGACUAUUAACCAUAUUAAAGCGGCCCAAUAGCUAGGCGGAUUAAAUAUUUGACUAAAAUAUUCAAACUUUUAAUAAAACUGUUUAACAUGGCGAAAAUAUAAAAAAUGUUUAGAUAACAAUGCUGUCAAUGCAUUUCUGCAGUUGGGGUUGCCUGCUAUGGGCGACGUCACUCACUGCAUACUAGUAAGUUAUAGACUUAUGAGUUAUUCCUAAGGUUGGCAAGAAAAUCAAAUUAAACAUUGUUAAUUACCUUGAACUAUCAAAAAAUGCACAAAAUAUUUUUAGAAAAUGCUUUCUCAAGCAAUUAUAAGCACAUUUCACCGGUUUGUGUGAAAAAAUGGGUUCUUAAAACAAACAAAAAAUUUUUUGCCAAUUAAUUCAAUGUUUUAAUGGCAUUAUGCUGAAUGCCUGCAAUGAAGUACAAACCUCUACAAACAAGCAUUGUCAUAUGACGAAUGCACAAUCUCGCUCCAAUGCCAUUGUGUAUUCAUUUCGUUGUAUGAAAAUGCUGUUUGUUUGGGCAGUCUAUGGACUAACCUACAGUAUUGAUUGGCAUCACUCUCCUCUUGAUGAGUGAAAUUGCCUGGAGUUAGACAGAGUAAAGUAAUAAACUAGGGACAUUGCCACUUAAAGGGUUAAGAUAAUUAAACAUUUUGUUUUCCACACAAACACAUCAGCACUUGAUGCUGCAAUUAUAUACAGACAAAUUGUGUUUAAAUAAAAACUUUAUAUUGUAUUGUAUUCCAAUGUAUAUGAUUGUGAGCAAUUUUAACCAUCAUUUUGCAAAAUGUUUUAAAAAGUUUUAAUAAUACAAAUUUAAAUCAAGUUUUGUAAAGAAACAUUAAUCAAAGAGAACCAUAAUUACAGAAUAUUUGAUUUGUGAUUUGAUUGAAAAUAUGAUCAAUUUGAAUUGUACUAUAUUUUUAGAAUUAAUUGUGAUUUACGGUACUGUAUGCUUUCUAAAAUUCAAAACAUUCUUACAACUAAAAUAUUUUCUUAGAACAACAACAACUCUGUGUCAGGUUUUUCUUUGGCAUGAAUCUAUUGUAUCAUGAAUUUUUUCUGUGUUGGUGUAAUGUACUCACUCAGAUGAAUAUGAUGCUUGUGAUGUUACUCUGAGUGUAUAUCCACACUGGGCAAGCUUGAAAAAUAUGCCUGGCUACGGUGGGAAUUGAACCUAUGACCUUUGGAAUACUAGCGCAAUGCUCUGUGUCAGGUUGGUUCGAGAAUGUAACAUUUCGGAACUAAGUCUAGCUCCCUUGAUAUCGAUGCAAUCUAGCAAGCAGAGUAACAUCACAAGCACUAUUGUAUCAUGUUUCCCUGAUGGGUUUGAAAUAGAAGUUGAAACACUGUUGCUAUCAUAAAAAUAAUGUUUAAGUUGAUAAGUUGCGAGAAUAUUUUGUGCGCUUAACACAUUGAGUGUCAGCACUCUCCCCCUGACAAGUAAAAUCAUCUGGCGUUAGACGAUUAUGAAAAAGUAGGGUGCAUCUGCCGUGGGUGCAUUGCCACUUAAAGGGUUAACAGGAUGCAUCAUGGGCAGAUACUGCCAGAUAAUCUUAUUAACCAACUGAGUGGCAGCACUCUCUCCCUGAGUCCCUGACAAGUACAGUAAAAUCGUCUGGCGUUAGACAGACUAAAAUAAUAUUAAAGUAGGGCACAUCUGGGCACAUUGCCACUUAAAGGGUUAAUUAAUGGUAGUGCUGUUUCAUCUCUUGCUCCAGUUGCUUUAGUCAGCUCAAAUCUCUGGCUCUGGCUGUACCAGACAAUGUUCAGCUCAAUUUUGUCCUCAUGUGCAGUAAGCUGAUGUGAUGCAGCGUAUCAAUGAAAGCAUGACGCUUGCGAUUUACAACUUUUCCUGUGAUAGAUAGAGCACAGACAUUAGUAUGACUUAUUGCAACUUGGCUGUUUGCAGUAGCCAGAAAUGAUGAAAUGGUUUGACACAACAGAUAUGACUUCAGAUUAUAUGUAUACUUUCAACAAGCAUGCAUGUUACCAUUAUUUGUAACCAAUGUUAAUUCUACGAAAUUGUCACGUUUCUUCAGUUGUCAUUUUGACUUUCCAGCCGGAGCUGGGAGAGAGAAAGCACCUCAACUCCAGCUCGCCAAAAAACACUGGAGCUGCAGCAUAACUCUAGUCUUUGGUGCUCUAGCACAAAGCACUAAAAUUUGGACUUUAGCAUGUGCUCUCCCCAGUUGACAUGAUAGCUCAAUUGGUAGAGUGUCGGCCCAAGAAUCCCAGGAUCCAUCCCCAUUGGCCGGAUUCUAUGUAAAAAUCAAUUUUCUAUUCCUGCCCACAUCAAUGUUGCUUGAUAAGAGAAAUGAUCAGCAUAGACUUAUUAAUGUAAUUACAUCAUUUGGUCAACAAAGCAAGUGACUAAGUGAGUGAUGUACAACAGUUACUACUGUAAUUCAUUCAUGUGGGAAAUUAAUACACUGCAUCCUCGUGUCAUGUAAGGUGGUAUGAUCGAGGUUGUAGUCAGAGAAAAGUUGAAAGAGACAAGAUUACUAACAAAUGGUUGCAGAUAAAAGUGUAUUCAGUCUGUAGAACACAAAGUCAGGAAAGAACUCAAAACAACUACCUGAAAAAUACAAGGACAAAGUUGACGUUUCAAGCAAAUGCCCUUCAUGCUGAAACGUCGAAGUUCUCCUUGUAUUUUUCAAGUACUGUAGUUGUAUCCCUAUCAACCUGCAGCUUUCUUAUUAUCAGCAUUACCUACACACGCAAAAGUCUCGCAUCUUGCAGCAAGUCUGCCAACAAGUUGUCUUCGCACUGCUUGUCCCAAGUUGUCAACAAGUUUGGAACAAACUGUUAACAACUUGUAACAGCCUUGUUGAUAUUAUCAGACUUGUUGCAAGGUUGUUCCAACAAGUCCGAUACAGCCAUCUUUUAACAAUAUUGUUACAACCUUGUGUCAUCAACCUUGUAACAUUCUUGUUAUAUCAUGACUGUAUCAGACUUGUCAGAACAACCUUGUAACAAGUCUGAUAAUGCCAUCAAGCUUGUCACAAGUUGUUAACAGCUUGUUCCAAACUUGUUAGAACAACUAGGAACAAGCAGUGCGAACACAACUUGUCGACAGCUUUUGAACAGAUAUGUAACAACUUGUUUGCAGACCUGUCACAACUUGUGCGUUUUUACGUGUGUACUCUGGCACAGACCAUUCAAGAACGUAAAGCCACAUAUAAGAGCAGCCCAUAGAGUGACUUUAUUAUGGUUAGGAAAUGUAUCAGUGAGUGAGGAGAGAUGUCGUGAACGCAGGUGAUACUGUACCUGAUGAAGCCAUAUGAUGAAGCAGCAUGUGACCCUCACGUGCAAAUGCGGGGGAAGACGUUGGCCAAGAAAUUAAGAAGCCUCAAAAGAUCAGAGUAUAGAAGAAGCUGUAGGAGAGGUGAAAAUGAAGUAUACAGAGGAGGUUGCCAGGGUAAUGGAGAACUUUGCAUACAGAAUAUAUAGAGAGUAUACAUCAGGUGAUAAAGAGCAUUCAUUUUGAUCCUUAUCAGAAACUUGGAGGAUGCUCCUUGUGGAAAGGUCAGAAACAAAUAUAAAAAAAGAGGAGGUGAAGACAAUGAUGAAUCAUCAUGAAUGGAGUGAAAAGUGUCAAGUUAGGAAGACCUUAGGAAGUAAUCAUAAACAUGGUAAAAUCCCAAGGUCAGAGCCCCAGAUUCAAGAAAAAAUCACAAAAGAUUGGGAAAGCCUGUCAGUUAAACCCGACUUCAAAAAGAAAGUAAAUUUCUUACAAGAUCACAUGAAGAUCUAUGGAGGGGUCGUUGAUAAAAGACUGAGAGAGUCAGAGAGAUGGUGAAGAUCAAUGAAAUGCAAAUGAAAAAAACGAAUCUCAACAUUCGAGAUAGGCAUUGUACUGUGCACGGUUACCCAAAGUUAAAGGCCAGUUUCCCCCUGUUGUCUCCUCGCUGCCUACGGGCCUGCUGGGGCUUCGAACCUGGUUACAGGUAGACUCCUACAGUAAGCAGUAAGCAGUAAGAUUCAAUAUGGCGACCAAAGUGCCAACCCUCAAUUUACAGCUGCUACGUUCAUGUUAAUAAGUCAUCAUACAAAAAUGAGUCGGUUACCAUACAUGUAUAAUUAAAAACAACUCAGAAGCACACGUUCACAAAAACAAAAAUUUUAUUCUACAAAUUCAAAUGAAAAAAAUGCGAAAUUUGACAAGUUAAAAUGGUAGGUAGAACAGUUUACCUCCGACAAUUAGAACAGCAGAAUUAAAUACUAUUACAAUAUUUAAAGUAUUUAACGACUUAUUUGUUACAAGUUAAAAUGGUCGGUAGAACAGUUUACCUCCGACAAUUAGAACACCAGAAUUAAAAGUCUUUAACGACUUAUUUGUUACAAGUUAAAAUGAUAGGUAGAACAGUUUACCUUCGACAAUUAGAACAGCAGAAUUAAAUAGUAUUACAAUAUUUAAAGUCUUUAACGACUUAUUUGUUGCAAGUUAAAAUGGUAGGUAGAACAGUUUACCACCGACAAUUAGAACACUAGAUUGAAUAAUGACUUAGUUUUUGGUAGUUCAUGGACUUCCCCAUCUUUUAAAGUUACCUGGUUUAUCGUUGUAUUCUGCAUGGUUGACUUCAUUAUUAUGGUUAAUUUUAACCACUUUUCACACAACCAGACCCUGUUCGUUAUAUACUGGAAUUAUAAUCCUGCUAUUAAUACCAGUUUUACAUUCGUUUAAUAGAACUAAAGUUACACUCGAUCAUGUACUCACGGCAGGUGUCCUCAAUAGAAGCAUGGAAUUAGGACGGGUUAACUUUUGACGUACGAAAUCGACAACGUUUCAGUACUUUCUCUCCUUCAUUACGUAAAAUCUUGUUUCGCCAGAAAAACAGAAAACAAUUGAACGUGGAAUCCAGGCUGAUUGCAGUGGCUGCCCACAGGUAACACGACAUAAGGAUAUCAUCAUUGAAUGUUGAAAAUAAUUUAAAGCAAUAGUAAAAGAUUGAGGGAAUACAGCAACAAAAGAAACAUAAAACUGCUAACAGACAUGUCGAAGCAUUUUUGAAGUUCACUGCACUUCUUUUGUCAGUUCCAUUGCGUCUAGCAGCCAUGGCGAUCACGAACAUUUUGCAGUUCAUGAAAAGUAUCGAGGCAAGGUAUAUUACAAGUACGAUUGUUAUACCAAUAAAGUAUGCUGCAGUCGGUAGAAAGGCUUGUACUGUCGUUGAGACAACCUCUGCGAGCUGAAGUGUUACUAGUACAGCUACUAGACGUCGUUUAGUCACCGAACGUCUGUGGAAUAAAGGAUGAGCUGUGGCCAGAUAUCGUUCGAUAGUCAUGGUGAGAAGUGCUAUGGACGAUAACCCAAAUAAAGCAUUGUUUAUCCAUCUGAAAAUGUACUCUCUUUCCAAUAUGCCAUGAUCUUCCAUUGCCCAGGCUAUAGCUAGGCGAAUUAUAGAAGGAUGGUUGACAAUGACCACAAUUAGAUCGCAACACGACAAAAUGAGAAUCAAGAAAUAACAUAAUUUCUUUCGAAGCUGUGAAGACUUCCAGAGACAGAGUAUCACCAAGGAAUUGAGAAUUGUCCCUGCAAUGGUGAAGACACCAUUCACAACACACAAGAAUACAACGUUAAUUAAACUGCCUUGUACCAUAUCUUUAAUAGACAAUGAACAAUUCAAUAAAACUGUAUUGCGUCGUAUAACAUUUCAAUAACAAAGUGUAACAUGAUUGAUGGACACUCUGUCUAUAUCACUCCGUUAAGUGUGGUAACAGUUGUAUAAUCAACUACACAUUCAGAGAAUCAUUAAAUUGAUUCUUAUAUUGCCUCCACGAUCAGAAUGAAUAUAUAAAUCCCUUGGGAUUGGAUUGCUUUUCAUAAUAAUAUAAGCAAAAAUUUUAGAAAAUUUCUUAGAACUAAAAGUAAAAUAAAAAGAACAACAUCUGGUUGGAAUUGUCAAUAAGUCCCUAAACACUGCGGUUUAUGUUCUUGUGAUGCGUGAAUGUGAAAACGGCAUGUUGUGCAGGUGCACGAGCAAGACAUCACUCUGACGAAACUCCCACUCGGACAGACGAGAAAUAUUCGUUUAGAAGAUAAUUUCUUAUGUAGCUGUAAUUCUUUAGCGUAUUGUUAACUUAGAUAACUUUAAAAUUACAUUUAGUCUGACUGCACACAAAUCGGCUUGUUUGGGCUCCCCCGAUUAAUCAUGCUCAUUUCCAGACCACUCAGCUAAUGACAUUGGGCAAGCUUCAGAUGGACAGCCGAAUGGCAAUAUUCAAAUUUUCAGUAAAACUGUCCUUGCCUUAUUAAAACAGUGAAAAUAUUCAGUUAGCGUUGCCUGCUCUUUACAAGAGGGAAGAGCCUGGGGACGAGGUUGCGACGAGCGACGUCACUCACCACAUAGGAAUGAGUUAUAUAUAUGCAAGGAGAACUGGAUAAUUUCAGCCAAUUAUUUACAAUAAAUUCAUGCAAUUCUAACCAUGAUUAGGCUCCCUAUGUUUUCAUCAGUGGUUUUUAUCUAUGAUUCCAUGUGGGAACCGUUGAGUGCUUAGCACACGUGUUUCUUUGCUGGCGUGCUGUGAUUAAGUAAUUUAGUACCUUGAAUUGAAUGACUUUAUUAAUCAUAAGAAUUGGAUGAGAUUUUUGUGAAAUGAUUUGGAGUUUAAUUUAUAACCUUAGAUUCUGGAGUUACGACCACAAGUUUGUUGGGGAGUUUGUCUCUGUUCAAGUGAUCCCUGGCACCACCCUGCGUUGCAAGAUAAUACUGCCUUCAGUCAUAUGAUGUCAUUAGAUCAAUUGUAAAUGAGUUUUCCCGCAUGUGUUCUUCGUUUUAGUACUAGAAUUCACCUAAUGACAUCAUAUUCGGCAACGUCGUAAAUUGUUACGACUCAGGUGCUGACCUGAAUCAAAAAUCGCAUGUUAGGACUUACCAACACCCUUAGAGAGAUGCCUGUUUUCUGCAAACAAACAAACAAACAAACAAACAAACAAACAAACAAACAAACAAACAAACAAACAAACAAACAAACAAACAAACAAACAAACAAACAAACAAACAAACAAACAAACAAACAAAACAAACAAACAAACAAAACAAACAAACAAACAAACAAACAAAACCAAACAAACAAAACAAACAAACAAACAAACAAACAAACAAACAAACAAACAAACAAACAAACAAACAAACAAACAAACAAACAAACAAACAAACAAACAAAGUUAACACAUCUUUCUUCUACUUUUAUAGCCACUAUUUUGUGCGGACCCUACUCAGGUUAGUGCAUGAUGUAUUGUCAUACCAUGCAUACACGUGGAUUUUCUGUUAAAGUACUACUAACACCAAAUAUGAUUUUUUGUUUGCGUAAUAUUUGAGAGAUUCUAAGAAAUGUAAUAUAUCAUUAUACCACUAUAGCUCAUCUUGAUCAACUUUUUGAUUGACAACUCUACCGGAUAUGAUGUCAUUAAGUGAAUUCUAGCAGCGAAGAACAAAAAGUGAAUUCUUUUACAAUUCUUCUAAUGACGUCAUAUCGUGCAAUUAUGAUAGUUGAUCAGGAUUAUCUUUUUAUUAUAAUGAUGUGAGUAGUACAUUUCUUCUUUAAAUGACCCAAAUAUUACACAUACCAAAAAUCAUAUUUGGGGUUUACACUUCAAUAUUUCUUAUAUAAUGUUUCUGUUUUCUUUGAUAGUAUCAAACUGAUGCCUGUCUAAAACGAUUUCUGAAAGCAUUCUUGACAGUGGACCAGGCUUUUGAAGCCCUUGUUAAAUAUAUAAAAUGGCGAAUGGAGUAUGCUGUUGAGACAUUGAAUUCCUCUCAUCCUGAUAUUCAGACUGAUUUGUCAACAGGGAAAGUUCUUCUACCAAACUUUAAAGAUAAAGCUGGAAGGUAUAUACCAUGUUAUAUUAUGCUUUCUAUCUUAAUUUGUUUUAGUAGUAUCUUUGUUUGAUUGAAAUAGAGAAGAUGCAUGAUUCAGAAGUGAUUCAGAAGUCAGUAACGUGAAUUAUUCAUACUUUGACACUUAUAUACUAGAUAUAACAAAACACUUAUUUAUUGAGACCUCGGGAAAGCAGUGUGUUUUGUGGCCCCUCGACCGCCGUCUCGGGUCCACAAAACACACUAUUUCCCUCGGUCUCAGUAAAUAAGUGAUAAAUAUAUUCAUUGGUUGCAGUAACUGUAAGCGAUUUGUUACAGUUACUGCGUUGAAUAAACAAAUGCGUUGUUUUAUUUCUCUUCAGGCCUGCCGUUUUCGUGUUUGCCAGACAUCAUGAUGCAUCCUCACGAAAUUUAGACCAAUUAACAAGAUUUAUUGUUUACGUUAUUGUGAGUAACCUUCGAAUCAUUAUAGAUGACAUGUGAUGCUGUUGCAGUUGUCUUUUACAUAUGUCAAGGCUUGACAAAUCUUUACACUUGCGAUUAAUUUUUCCGCGAUUUUCUUCUGAUGGAUCAAACUAUAUGAAUAAUUUGUCUUGAUUUGCCGGGAUGGGUAAUAAAUACAAUACUUACCUUAAUUUCCUGGCUGGGUAUGCACUGUACAUUCUCUGAACGCCACAGGCAUCUCGUAGUUCACCUGGAUUGCUUCAAUUUUUGCCCGCAACCAAAUUGCGACCGAUGCCAACGGCUACGGAUCAUCAGUCUGACAGAUCAUCUGUCUCAGUAUAAACAUUAGACGAACUAUCCAGACGAACUGGCUGGAAUAGCACGAUCUAUACUAGUAAAGGUCCUGGGAACAACAGGUGGGAAAUCUGCUGUCGCUGGUCAGUAAAUUUUGGGCGUAGCAGCUAGCGAAAAGUUUUAAAUUAUUAAAAUAAGCAAAAACAAGAUUUUGAGCUUCUCUUUUGGAAAGGAACCGUGGAUGUGCAAGAAUUUAAGUUCGUUUAUUCAAAGGCUAUUGAAAAAUGUCUGGGAUAAGAGACUUUCCGUUGCAAUUUUAUACAUUAAAAAAAUGUGUGUCUCUGAACGUUCUCAUACCUUCCUCGCCUUCCCAAUAAUGCAAUAGAUUAACAAUUUUUGGUUAGCAGAGAAAACGAGACUAAAAACGCCAAUACAACGCUCAAAAAUUACUAUGUAUUUACUCGCCUCAAGUCUCUUUCUCUUAAACCGCGCAAAUUGUAGCGCAUGCGCACACAAAUUUCCCACCUGUUCCUGGGAACAAACCAUGUUUGCGAAACUCCGCUGAAUACAGGUAACGAAGUACCGGUUUUCCUAAUUGUUCGUCUUAUGCCUUAUUUGUACACACAGACGGAUCAUACAGUACGUCAAGACGAACUACGCGUGCAAGUUCGUCUGAUUAGACCAGGGCGCAUUCUCGUGCCCAGAGCAAUCACAACUGAUGGCUCUGGGUACGAGAUUGCACUGGGUACGAUUGACCAACGUUGAUUAGACGAACUACGCAGAUAGCUCGUCUUGCUGGAUGAUUCGUCUGUUUGCCCGCGUUUAUACAUCGACGAAUUAUCAGACGAACGGUAUCUUGUUUUGCCCACGUUCGCCCGGACGGAUGAUCUCUAGUAGAAAUCUGGCCAUUGUAUGUGUUAGAAAUAUUAACCCUUGUGAAUUUUCGUAUAUGAUAUUUCCAGGAAACAGCAGCUGCCAAAUGUGACGAGAGUGUAAUCGAUAAUAUUUGUAUCUUGUUUGACCUAAAGGUAAAAUACUAACAGUAUGGAACAUAGAACAACGCAUGGAAUAGCAGAAACAUGCUAUUGAACCUUUUUCUACUGGGUAGAAUGACAUUGUUUUUUGAGUAUCUCUCAUUGCAAAAUUUGAUGAGAGUGUCAACAAUUUGCAUCCUGUUAAAGAUAUGUAGCACGAAACAACAUAUAAUAUACAUGGCAUGGCAUACAGUACCACUGUCCCAGCCACUAGGAACGUCUCACUGAACUUUUUGAUUGGCGCUGUCUCCCAUUUCUGUACGAACCAAUACUAAAAAAUUGUUUUGCCAUCAGACGGAUUGACAUUAAUUGUUUUUUCGGCCUUUCAUUAAUACCUAGCUUAGAAAAUUAGUCCACGCGGUUGCAACAUUACCACGAAGGGCAGGUCUAUGGGAUAUCAGAUAAAGAUAUAUCAUGUUUUAACUAGUACGUAUGUGGUGUUCAGUAUAUCCAUAUUACAGUUACAUAUACGUGCAAUAUUAACAUAAAUUUGGUUGUUUUGUAGGGAUUUAGCCUAAGCAACAUGGAUUAUGGCUUUGUUAAACAACUAAUAUGGCUACUUUCACGACGUUAUCCUGAAAGAUUAGGAAAAUGUUUGAUUCUUAAUUCACCAUUUGUUUUCUCAGGAUGUUGGCUUGUCAUUAAGUUCUGGUACGUUUUUUGAACCAACCUCACUUUCCCACAAACAGGGAAUUGUAACAAAUGGCGAACCUUGUUCAACCAGACAGGCUAUCAUAUACAUGCACUUUCAAUUUGUAAACAUUUGUGAAUUUGUCUUUAAAGAAACGAGGCUAUUGGAGUGUAUGGGCUUAUCAAAUUUCCUGAACAAAUAAUUCAUGAAAUUUUGCGAUAUUCAUAGUACUUGACAUGAUAAAACGAAAGAAAUGUCAUCUCACCUGCGUGAGUACAAGGUCUGAGUAGAGCUAUUUUAAUGAACAGUUGAAGGGUUGUUGUAGAUGACAUUUUCGAGUGGAAAUUUUAUACAUUUUUAAUUUAAACCUAACCAAGAGCAGGCUAACCAAAAGUCAUGAUUAUAAAAUACGUAGGGCUAUAUACAUUCACUAAAUUCUUCCUAAUCGUAUUGUUCCAUUUCAUAGCAAAUUUGAUAAUAAAAUUGUUUCGAGAUCUAUUAGUUUUAUAGGUUGGCAACUGGAAUUGCAUUCCAGAGGACUGGGAUCUAGUAUUAUAAUGGUUAGAUAAGUGGGUGGUAAAAGGUCAUGUAGUUUAUGAUUUUGCUUGAUGAUGUUGGAGAAAAACAUGUCACAUAGGUGUUCCAAUCUCACACAUAGCUGAGGGAUACUGCAGCAAGAUCUAAGGCAUCUCGGUAAAACUAGUAUUGGGGAAAAUUAUUCGCAUGAUCCUGCGUUGGAUGGAUUCAAUUUGUUCUCUAAGGUAUUCAGUAAUACUGUAAAACCAUGCAGGGCAAGCGUACUCUAAUAUUGUUCUUACACACGUUGAAUAGAAAGUAUAAUGCUGUUCUUACACUAUCUGCAACGCCUGCCCUUUUCAGAAGUCUCACAGGGUAUAUUCGCCUUGCAGCUUUCUUUGUUAUCAUAUUGAUAUACUCAUUCCACUUAAGGAUUGAUGAGGCAGGGCCGAAGGCGAAUUUGUGCCAGAGGGCCUAUACUAGUUCCAUGCCUGGUUAGGUCUAAAAAUGAAUAAAAUUUACACCAAAAUUUCAUGUCAAGUGAGAUGUCCAGUAUCCUGAUAAUUUAAUGAAUAUACACUUAAUGUCUGCUUCCUCAGGAAAUAGUUGAUUUUGUUUUCCCUCGAAUCUCCAUUUUUCCCUCGACGACAUCUUUUGUUAUAUAGCGACGAAAGAAAGGUCAACAACAUUCAUACAACAAUUGUAUUUCAUGACAAAAACUGUAUAGUGUAAACGAGUUAAAAAUUAAAAGAACCUACUUAAACGGCUUCAGCAGCAUAUCCUGUUGCCUGUUGUGUAUUUUUCUUCUCUUUUAUACAUUCUUUAUUUUAACACAAACUUGGAAAAUCGUAGUUUGUAAACUUGACGGAAUACGUUGCAUUUAUCUAAAGCCACGUAACCACAAAUCAGCCAAUCACGUUUGGUGUUCACCCUAGCUAUAUAACAAGAGCAUUUGUUCUAGCAGUCUGUUACUCUGGUUCACUGUUGGUAGUUUCUUUUUACAGGUUGAACGAAGUAACAAGAUCGAAAAUUAUAUUUAUUAGAGAUAAAAAUCACCUUGAAGAAUACUUUGACCAAGAAUACAUCCCAUCAACUUUGUUUUGAUGAAAAAUUAGAUGAAUGAUCAAUGGUAAUUUUAAUUGUAGAUCUUAUUUAAGAUAAUCGUAUUUAUGAGUAUUCUGUUAUUAGACUGUUAUUAGAGCAGAGUAUAGAUAUAUUUAUUUCAAACAUAGGUAUAGAAGUGUAAAAUAUUUAGAGUCAUGGGAUAUUAACCAAUUAAAUUUUAGUGUUUUUACACUGAA